AAAUUUUGGCAAGACAAUGUAGCCUAUGUUUGGCUAAUCUUUGAUUUUUUUUUUCAAAGAAUUGUUAAAUAGUCAAAUAAACGGGCAAUAAUGGGCAUUAUUUCUGUAUCUUUACAGUAAGUAUAACCACCUGGGCCUAAACAUCGUGUGUGUUUACAGACUCCUUAUCUUGAAGUUCAAUUAUUGCACUUUUCUGAAAGUUAUUAAUAACAUUAUCAGAACGCUGCUUUCAUUUUAUGUCCCAAAACCUGCGAUAUUUUCUAUCAAGCUUACAGCUACUCACGUGUUGUGUUAAGACGCCUUUUAACUUUUGAAACCUGAGAAAAUUGGUUUAAUAUCUUUUCAAAACAUGAUAGAAAAUGCAAACGGCAAGAUAACAGUAAAAGGUAAAUGACGCGCAAAAACAUCUGGGAGGGUUUACUAACUAUAUUUAUCAAUUUUAGAAUCUUAAAAACCAUGUCACAGAAACACAUAAGGUCAUUCUCUUUUUUUUUCCUAAACUUUUUUUGUAUCAUAAGGUCUUCUUUUUGUCUUAGUAAUUUUUUGCAAUUUAUUUUUUGGCCAUGGUUGUAUAGGAAACACCGGGUCGCUAUAUAAGCUCGUGCAUAUCCACGUGGUUGUGUGGUGGGAGGGGCUUAGGUAAGGUAAGCGAAGAACUGCUGAAGGAAGGCGUGUUUUCAAAUUCUGCAUUUUUAUUUUUAUGUUUAAAUUUUUUUCGUUUUACAAUCUUGUGCCCACCCCAUAUGGGCACAAGAUUAUAUAUGAACUGACUUCACUCGUGCACCUCAGACACACACAGAAACCGGGCGGGGGGAUUACACAGGGUUAAUUAAUGAUCCAUCUUUGCCUACCAGCCGCUGGACAGUCAUGGUAUAGGCUCCUCUAUCCCAAAUCCUGAGUUUACGUCACACUUGGCGAAAACUCUGUGCAUUAUAUAACGAGUGUAAGAGGUAAAAGGUGCAUUGGGCCCCUCUCCAUCACACAGUGACGCCGCCGUGACGCCGCAGACCCGCAGGAACCGCAGAAAUGUCCGCGUGUGAGUUUGAAUCUCUGGAGAAAUCUCUGGAGUCUCACCUGCCAGAGGCCGAGCUGUCAGAGGUCAAACGCAUCUUAUUCGGGAAGGACACCAGGGAGUUGGACCUCCCUGCAUGUGCCGUGGACGCUGCCUCCGAGCGGGACUUUGAGCUGAAGGGUUACAGGUUUGAAGCUGCACAGGAACAACUGCGGCCACCCAGAAGGAUCCGUGUGGGACUCGUUCAGCACCGCAUCAUUCUGCCCACUGAUGCACCUGUCCUGGACCAGAUCAACGCCAUGCACAGCCGGGUUGGCGAAAUAGUUGAAGUGGCAGCCAUGUGUGGCGUAAACAUCGUCUGCUUUCAGGAGACCUGGACCAUGCCUUUUGCUUUCUGCACCCGCGAGAAAGACCCAUGGACGGAGUUUGCAGAGUCCGCUGAAGCAGGAAACACAACACGCUUCUGCCAGGAGCUGGCCAAAAAAUACAACAUGGUAGUCGUCUCUCCAAUUCUGGAGCGAGAGGAGCUGCACAGCACUCUGUGGAACACGGCGGUGGUGAUCUCCAACUCUGGGAAUGUGCUGGGAAAGAGCAGGAAGAACCACAUUCCCAGGAUUGGAGACUUUAAUGAGUCCACAUAUUAUAUGGAGGGCAACACUGGCCACUCAGUGUUCCAGACACAGUUUGGGAACAUAGCUGUGAAUAUCUGCUACGGACGCCAUCACCCUCUCAACUGGUUCAUGUACAGUAUGAAUGGAGCGGAGAUCAUCUUCAACCCCUCAGCUACUGUCGGGGCGCUCAGUGAGCCCAUGUGGUCGAUAGAGGCCAGGAAUGCAGCAAUAGCAAACCACUGUUUCACAUGUGCAAUCAACCGUGUCGGGACGGAACAUUUCAAAAGUGAAUUCACAUCCGGCGAUGGGAAAAAAGCUCAUCAUGAUUUUGGACACUUCUAUGGAUCCAGUUAUGUGGCUGCUCCUGACGGCAGCCGCACCCCGGGGCUCUCCAGGACUCGUGACGGACUGCUGGUGGUAGAAAUGGAUCUCAACCUCAACAGGCAAAUCAGCGACAAGUGGAGUUUUAAGAUGACUGGGCGGUAUUCAGAGUAUGCAGAGGAACUUACCAAAGCUGUCAGACCCGACUUCAGACCCAACAUAGUGAAGGAGUAGAUGAUAUUCCACUUUAGUAGAUUAAAGUAUGAAAGGUAUGAGCUGACUC